AUGUCGGGCCGGCUCGACUUUCGGAAUUUUGGCGAUGUGUUCGGCAACGGCGACACGCUGCCGUACGAUGCGCACGUCAACCGCGACAUUGAGUCGAAGCGCAAGAGCCUCGGCGGCGUCCUCUUUGUCGACCGGGUCUUUACCGCGCUGGGGAUACCAAAGGACACGCGCACGCUGCACGACCUCUUCCAGCAGAUCCUCGCCAGCAAGAUGACCACCCACCACAAGCUCUCCGCCCUCUACUACCUCCUGCUCGACCACGACGAGGGUCUCAGCGCCCGCUCCAAGAUCGCCGACAACUUCGCCGCCCAGACCGGCAUGCCCAAGCGCUACCAGAUCUUCAUGAGCGGCCUCUGGCACAUGGACCGCCUCCAGUUUGGCGUCGCCGUCGAAUACCUCGCGCACCCCUCGCUGCUGCCCGAGUUUGCCGACAACAUUGUGACCGUGCUCGUGCGGCACGCCGAGAACAACGACUACGCGCUGCCGCUGGCCUACUACGCGGCCGUGCAGCCCGUGCUCAAGACGCAGGAGGCGGUGGAGCUGCUGUUUGAGGCCUUGGCGCGCACCGAUGUGAGCGAGGCGUUUUACUACACGCGGACGCUGGCCGGGCCGGCACGGCAGCAGCUGUUUGAGCAUCUGGUGGGCUCGGUGCUCAAGGAUGCUGCAGGAGGCGGGAGUGGUGGUGGUGGCGGGGGUGCGAGCAGCAGUGCGGACGGGAUCGACGCAGCCGGGCGGUCGGCCGAGCUGAUCAGCCUGCCGCUCGACUCGCAGGAAGAGGCAUGGCUACGGGCGUACCUGACGGCAGGCGAGGGCCGCAAGCUGAAGCGGGCCAAAGACACAAUGAUUAUGAAGAAGAUCGUGUCGGGCGACGUGGAUCUCAGCGAGGGCAGCAAGAGCCUGAGCGGGCCGUGGGGCAUCGUGCUGCAAGGGUUCCGCCACGAGACCGGCGGUGAGCCAUAG